GCUUCCAACACUCGUACACGGUCCCGCUCCGUCUGCGAGUUCAGGGUGCUGCGCGGUCGGUCAUGGCUUUGUGAGCUUCGCUGCGGUAGCAGUGACUGGAGAUAAAGUGGAAGAACGAGAACCAUUUCAGUUAAUUACUUCAUUCGCUCUUUAGCUCAGCAGGCUUAGCGCGAGGUAUUGCUGGAGCCUCUCAGGACCUACUGAUGAUCGAAACAGACUGAACAUGAGCUGGAAAUUGGAGAGUGAACGUCCUCGUCAGCGGGAGUCUCUCAGUGCUAAAGAUUUAUGUGCAACAGUGUCAGGUGUAACACCAGUUUCUUGGAGGAGGUGAUGGUGGAAAACAAAGAUGGCCAGAGCUGGAGCUCAGUUGACUGUUAUGUGCAUGAGAGGGAGCUGGUGCUCAGCCUGUGCCUGGAUAAGCUGCAGGGCAGCCAGGUGCCCAGCCUCCAUCGCUCUGUUCUCCUAGCCAACACCAUGAGACACAUCCAGAGGGAGAUGACCCAGGAAGGCCCACCAGAAAAUCUCUGCAGCAGACAAAUAUCCCAGUCUCAGAUGGCCAUGCCCCUUCGUACAUCUGAAUCUCAGCUCCAGCCUCCUGAUUGCAUCCCCACCUUGAGUGACAUGGACCGAGGGGGUGUAGAUCUGACCUGUUCCAGGUGUGCAGAGGAGGUAGAAAUUGAGAUGGAUGUGUCCUUCUUUCCCUCUGGUUUUAUCACUUCUUCAACUUCCACUCCUUUCACGGACAAAGUCUUUACAGACAGUUUGAUUGGUCUGAUGUCCCUUCCUGAAGCAGGGAACACUCAGGGCUAUCUGACUGACCUGGCCUUAGAUGAUAUCUUUGAUGACAUUGACACAUCCAUGUAUGAUUCUUCAGAAAUGUCCUCUUUCAUGACCUGUGUGUUCUGCAGUGUGAGCCACUUGUUUGGUGGAGAUGAGGAAACCAAAGAUCUCCCAGAUUGUCCCUCAGCAAGCUCUAUGCAGUGCAGCCCCACAGACCUAAAUGACAUAAUGGAAGUAUUAGUGGGCUUGGUUUAAAGAAAUAACUUGACCACUUUACUGACCACCAAAGUGAAAUCCAAAGGAUCCGGCCAUGGUGCAGAUGAAUCAGAAACUCAUGCAGAUUAUUAUUCCACACCAAUUUAAUGGGAGGAGUACUUAGAGGACUAGAGUACUUCAGGUCAUUUAGAAUGACUUUGUUCACAUUACAACAAUUGAAUUAUGCAGAAAUAAAACAAAACUUUGGAAGUCACCCUCAAGAAUGUAAAAUCAAAAUAUAUUAUUGAUUCAUAAUUUUGGAUAUACAAUGAAGAGAUAUUUUCACAUAGAUUUUAUAUAAUGUGUGAUUUUAGAUGCAAUAUUUUUUUCUUUAAUACACAGCUUUUCUUAUAGGUAGCAUGUGUAGGCUUUUAAUAAUAUGGGAUAAUAUAUAGCAUUAUAACUUAUAGGUUCUUCUAACUGUGCACACUACCUCUUUGCGUAACGUUAACAUAUAGACUCUUGUUAACGGUAAAUAGCAAGUUAUCGUAAGUGAUUAACCCGUGUAGAAAAAAUAUGGACCUAUCUUUUUAUAUAUUUAAAAUAUUUUUAAACUCAUUGCAAAUGCAUUCCAACACUAAAAUGUCUUUCAGAAUUGCUGUAUUAGUCAAAUACAUUUAAAAAAUACAUUUGAAAAAUCGACUUCGAAUUCACUCUGACUGCUAGCUGUGCUGCUAAGGAAUGACAGGAGGCGAGGGAAAAGAAAAAUGGAGAGAGAGAGACAUGGGGGCAGUGGUGUUGUUGGGAAUAAGAGUGUGUAGUGAGCUCUGCACUGAUUAACUGUUUUAUAGUUUUAUGAAUCUUGUAUAUGCCAGGUAUACACAUUUGCAUAUACACUAUGUAAAUUGUGAUUUUUGUUGGGUUACUGCAUUUUAUUUUUCAUAUAAAUCACAGAGAAUAGAUAAAGAAUGAUUAUGUAUUUUAACAUCAAUCAAGAACUGUUUACCUUUUCUACAUAUGGGGAAACUGCAAUGUGCAUCAUGCUUGAGCAAACAAAUGAUUUUGCUUUACAUUAUUAUCUCUAUAGGUUUAGAACAGUUUAGUGCGGUUUUUGUACAAUACAUUGCCACAAAGCAAUUAAACUGCAAGCUGUGGAACAAAGACUCAUACCAUGUACCACGCUUAUGAUGUAGGCUGAGCAAGUAGUAAGUGUUUCAUUUACUAUUUACAAUGGCACCAAAUGUAAUAUCGUUACAUUUCUGAGUUUACCUAACAAUAAACAUCCAAACAAACUACCAGUUGUGGUCAUUGUAAUUGAAUUUGAGUUAAAAUGGUUAAGUGAUUACCUUUUACAUUUUUGUCCAGCAGGUGUUGCAAGUGACAAACUGCAGCUUACAAACAUGUGCUUUUCAUUUUCUGACUUUUAUGUUCAAUAAAUGUUUACACACACAAGUAA